AAAAGAUGAGGAGUAGCGACAAAGUCAAGCCCUUGGAUCGAUGGGAGAAGAUGAAGAACUAGGUCAGAGAAGAUGAGGAACCAGAUUGGAGAAAAUGACGAAUCAUGCGCAGGAGAAAUCAGGGAAUCGCGGAGAAGAUGGGGGAAUCACAAAAACUAUAGCUUUUACCUAAGAUUUCUAAGAUGAAUUUUUAUUUAUACUCCGAGUCAACAAUCUCUCAAAAUCAUGUUUUAUAAGAAUUUUAGAUAAUCUAUCAAGUUUUUAGUAUUAUUACAUUUAAAAAGAUUUUAUAAAAUCUAAAUUGAAUAUAUAUAGCUUUGAAAAUCCAAAAAAAUCCAUAAUUUCUUUUUGAAUACACACCCUAAAUUUUAAAUCAUCUCUCUAUAAGCCAAAAUCGUCUUCCUCAACAUUUCCAUCUGUGUAAGGCGUUGGAUCAGCUUAAAUCGGAAAUGGAAAGAGGUUCACGACGCACCCGGUCGCAAGCUGCGCCGGACUGGACGGCGCAGGAAUCGCUUACGCUGGUGAACGAGGUCAUAGCCGUGGAGGCGGAGUGCGGCGGCACGAUGUCGUCCUUCCAGAAGUGGCAGCUCACUGUCGCCCACUGCAACGCCCUCGACGUCAACCGGAGCAUGAACCAGUGCAAGCGGAAGUGGGAUUCGUUGCUCGACGAUUACCGGAAGGCAAAGGAAUGGGAGUCUCAGUACGGGACGGUGUCGUUUGACGACGAGCGGAGGAGGGAUUUGGGGCUUCCGGGGGAUUUCUGUUUGGAGUUGUUCGAAGCAAUUGAUGCUUAUGUGAAAAAAAUACAGGGGAAGGAGGCAAGCGGGGUUGAUACGGACCCUGACAGUGAUCCUGAAGAUCAAUUUGAUGAUUCGAUCUUUCUGGAAAGUGGCUCAAAGAAGCAACGUCGAAGAAGCAACAAUGAGAACCAUAGAGCAGAGGAAACGGCUUUACCCGGCAUAGGAUUGGACGAAAAACUCGAACUUCCCAAGAUUCAGCAGGAGACAAAUUGUGAACCUUCCCUCCUUGUCCUUGAUGGUAAGGCCAAAUCGCCAGAGUACAGAGACGAAAACAUGGAGGUGGCUGAGCAAUCGCCGUGUGAAGGUGAAAAAGGAAUGGCGGCGUUAUUAACUUUGCACAAAAACGCACAACUCAUCAAUGCCGUAGUUGAAGGCGAACUGAAGUAUGCCGCGGCUGAUCAUACUGAUCUGGUGAGGCUCCAAGCGGAUCAGCUCAUUGAUUGUCUUGGAACAAUUUCAGAAACCCUUGGUCAGCUCUGUGAGUUGGUGCAACAAUGUAAAUAGUUUGGACAAAGCUUACAGUUAGUUCCCAUCAUUAUUUGUAGGGAUCACAUUUGUUUUUACUUUACCUGUCAUUGUAUGUUAUAUGUAAUUUCUUUUUUUUUCUUUUUAGAAAGGAGAGUAAAAGUGUGAAACAAGAGUGUUAGCUAUCUAAAAGUUUAAAUGGCAUGUUUUCGUUUUU